AUGAAGACUGCUUUAAUUUUGCUCAGCAUUUUGGGAAUGGCUUGUGCUUUCUCAAUGAAGAAUUUCCACCGAAGAGUCAAAGCUGAAGAUUCUGAAGAAAACGGGGUCUUUAAGUACCGGCCACGCUAUUUUCUUUACAAACAUGCCUACUUCUACCCUCCUCUAAAGCGCCUUCCAGCCCAGGGAGGCAGUGACUCUUCUGAAGAAAAUGGAGAUGGGGAUAGUUCGGACGAGGAAGGGGAAGAGGAGAAUUCAAAUGAAGAGGAGAACGCUGAAGGUUCUGAGGCGAAUGAAGAGGAGGAGGCAGAGGCCGAGAACUCCACCCUCUCUAGUGUAACUCCACUCUAUGGAGCCGAGGCCACCCCUGAAGCAGAGACUGUAGGACUCGCUGCGCUGCAACUGCCCAAGAAGGCUGGAGACGCAGAAAGCAAGGCUGCAAAAAAGAAGGAAAGCGAUGAAGAAGAAGAAGAAGAAGAGGAAGAGGAGGAAAAUGAAAACGAGGAGGCAGAAGUCGAGGAAAACGAGCAGGUUGUCAACGGCACCAGCACGAACUCCACGGAGGUGGACGGUGUCAACGGCAGUAGCGGAGGGGACAAUGCAGAAGACGGUGAGGGACAAAGCGUCACGGAAGCGGUUGUAGAAGGAGCCACAACGGGCAGGGAACCGAUCAGUGAUGGCCCCACGACUGCUGUCCUUCCGAAGGCGCUUCAGCGUACGACCCCACCACUCGAAGCCUACGGGACCUCCUCCCCACCACUCAGUAAAACCACCGCUGAGUAUUGGGGAGAAUAUGAACAAACGGGCAACAAUGAGAACGACAGUGAGUAUCAAGUGUACGAAAAUGAGAACGGAGAGCCUCGCGGGGACAAUUACCGGGCCUAUGAGGACGAAUACAGCUACUACAAGGGGCGUGGCUAUGAAGGCUACGAUGGUCAAGAUUAUUACUACCAUCAGUGAAGCCGCACCCUUGGGGUGAAUUCCCCAUUCUGUCAUUGCAUCUGGCUACCAUUUAUUUUCAAAGUUCAACUCAGGAAGGUGCAAUAUAUCAAAUGUUCAUUUUACAAUGUGGAAUGGUGCUAUAAUCCCAGAGUGAUUUCUGCAAAUGCUUCUAUUUGGAAUGGCUUCUUUUGCAUUCUCCCAGGUGUGUCAUUGUAAGUCAGGGCCGUUGAUCGAGCAGUACACUGAUGUCUGAGCUGGGCCUAGCUGGAAUGCUUCCUGUUUGUGCUGUGUGCACUAUUGUUAAUGGCCCAAACACACUCUUUGUACAAGAAGGCAACUAGAGAGAGAUUUAUGAACGAUACUGUAUACAGUAAUUGUGUACUUCCUAUAUCACACUUCCUAUCUAAUACUGUAUUAGGUUUAAUUCUCAUCCUCAUGUAUAUUAUGUGACCUGUAUGCACAGAUUUUAUCGCAAAUAAACAUGCAAUUCUUCACAUGUGUUAUAAUUAAGAAGAAAUGGGGAGCAUCAGAAAGCACGUGGGUUUAAGAAGGGUGGAACCAUUCAGAUAAAAAAACAAGCUUAUUUCCAUUAGGGUUUAAAACUCAGAGGACCUGGAAACAUUCUGUCUUCAGUCAGUCUGCACAGCUAAGGUUUGACGGUGGAGAGCAGAAUCAGCCAUAUAUACACCAGGGAACAAAUGACUCUCAGAGCUGCCAGAUUUAACAAACACGAAUACAUGUAAGAUGUCCACUUCAAUUUGAAUUUCAGAUAAAUACAAUUGUUUUUUUUAAAGAAAAAAACAAGUGCCCCCCGUGAACAAUUAGUCUCUGUGAAAUAUCUGGA